CACGCGCAACCAGUCAGUACCCCGUCCGAGCACCGAACGCGCGGCCGCCAUGCGAGAAAAAACGAAUAAAAACGAAAACGAUAUUCCAAAUUCAAAUUAAACACUAACGUUCCAAAACUUGUAAAUAUUUGUCCUGCGCCGCGUGACUGAUUGAGUUUUUUUUUUUAUAAAUAAUAAUUUAAAAUUUGAUUUUCGAAAAGCAUAUGGCCAGUCCAAGGAUGUGAACUUUUUUUAAUUUAUUUGUACAAAGGAAUGUGGUUUUAAUGUGUAUGCACCGAAGUACUAGUGUUGUGUGGUUUGUUUGUUAUAUUUAAUGUCCGCGGAGGUGUCAACCUUUGCGAACUGUCAUUAUUGGAUUUAAAAAUAAGGAACUUAAUUAAGACUGAACGAUGUGGAGCGUGUUGUUGUUGGUGGCGCUAGUAGCGACUGCGCGUUCUAAACAAAUACCGCACACACAUGAUAUAUCAACAACAACAGUAGCCACAGCGACCGAGGUGGACACAACGACAUGGCCGGGCGCGCUGGCGCCACUGGACACGCUGACGGUCGCGUGCGAGCGGGACAGCAUGCACGUCACCGUCUCGCUCGCACACACGCGCGCCCCACACUCUGACAGUAUAUACGAGACAUUCAACGGCAUAGUGUACCCAGCUGGCCUGGGCAGCAACUCAUCGUGUCUGCGGGAGUACGUGUCCGCGAGGGGCGACCUGCAGUACACCUUGCCACUGAAAGGAUGUAACACCAUGUCCACCGAUAAUGAUGACGGUACAGUGGAGUACUUCAACAAUAUCAUAGUGCAGCCCCACCUGAAGCUGGUGACCGGGCAGGGGCGGGGGUACCACGUCCGCUGCCGGUACAGGCGCCGCGAUCUCACGCACUUCCACGUCUACCACCAUCGGCCAAGAGCAGACCGGCUCAGUAACUCGCUGUCUGAUAUUGAUGACAACAGUGAUGAAUACGAUGAGGACUCAGGGCUGCUACCGUCGGUCACCAUGAAAAUAUAUAAAGGAGACCCAAAAGAUAAAGAAGUAGCGUCCACGGUGCGUAUUGGUGAUACCCUGACCCUCGUAGUGUCCCUGGAGAAGCAGCGUCAGUUCGGGCUGCUGGUAUCCGAGUGCGCAGUGAAGGACGGCCUGGGCUGGGCGGAGCAGAGCCUCAUCGCUGAUGACGGGUGCCCAUUAGAUGGUGAGAUAAUGGGCAUGUUCCAGUACUCAGGUGACAAGCAGGAGGCAAGCGUGUCGUUCCCGGCUCACAAGUUCCCGUACACCGCCAGCGUGUACUACACGUGCGAAGUGAAGUUGUGCGACCUGAAGCACCCCACUGAUUGUGAGCCGUGUGCCCAAAAGAACAACAGAGUGCGUCGUCAAUCAGACGAGGGCUCGCCAGCCACGGUGGAGGUAUUCUCCGGCCUGUACGUCAACGAAGCAGACUCGCCCGACAACGAUGAAGUCACUAGCGAAAAGAAAGAAGACGAAAUCUGCAUAUCGCAACGGAACUUCGCCAUCGCGAUAUGUGUAGCGGGCGUCAUAUUAAUGAUAUGCGUGAUCGCCGCCAUCGCCUUCAUACUGGCCCGACGGCGGAACCCGAAGACGUACUCGCGUACCGGAAGCUCUUUGUACAGCGGACCCUACACCAACACUGGAUAUUCACAUACUAGUUAAAAACAAAACAUCGAAAUUACCAGUCAUUUACUCUGAAUAGUUGUCAGCGGUUGGGAGUAAAAUGUGCCCUGGCCCUCGGACUAGAAUUUUAUAUUGUGAGAAAAUGUGAUUCGAAUAAAGAAUUUAAUGUUUUUUUAAUUAAAAAUAGGCAAUAAUUUUCUGCCAAUUGCCAGUGAUAAUUUAAUAAUAUUUCACAGGUCACGCUAAUAAGUGUGUUUUAUACUGCCAUAUAGUCCAGUGGUGUAGUCCAUUAAGGUUAGUUUCAAAAAGAAUUUAAUGUCAUAUAGUAAGUAUGUAAAAAGACAUAUUUGCAUUUAUGAGUUAUGAACGAAUAAUUCGAAUUUGGAAUUCCUUUUCUGACAUUUCAAAUAUGGCGUGCCUUUGAAUUUUAGGAUUACAGAAACAACCGCUUAAUAAAAAAAAUAGUUUUUGGCAAUGUACCUAGCUGCGUAUUAAUGCAAUAUUAUAUUAAAUUUUACAUUUUAAUCCAGUUAUUAAUAUAAAAUGUUGUGUUCACAGCACAACGAUCAGUCAAAUUUAGUUAAGAACACUAGUUUUACCAAUAUAUUUAAGAUUGUGAGCAAAUUAGGUACUUGAAAAUAUAUUUAUAUUUUUUUUUUGUGAUAAUUCGUCCAUUAUACCCCCGUAUCCAUCUGACUAGUGAGUUUUCUUGUUUUUUUUCUUAUGAAAUAAGUAUUUUUACGAAAAGGUUGCCUUGCAUUACGUAAUAGAUUAAUAAUAAUGUGAUCAAUAUAUAUAUUUAUGAGGAAUAUGGAGUUAUUUUUUAGUAUGGGUUUGCUAGAGCUCUGAAACUGUUCUUAAAUUAUUUACCAACUUUAUAAGAAUGCUUAUUUGUAUUACGAUUUUUUUUUUGUAUAAACAGUUUCACUGACAAUUCUUUAAACGGUGGCGGGCCAUAUUUUUUUUUCCUCUAUUCUUGCUGUUUUUUUUUUUUAUUUUAGAUCAAUAUCUAUAUUAACAAUUCAGACGACGUACAAAUAUGAAGAAAUAGCUGUAAGAAUAAAAUGUAUGACAUUUUUUUUACCAUAUUUUAUAAAACAAAUGUAAUGUACGUAUGCACUUAUAUGUUGACGUAAGAUUUUUUUUUUUAUUGUAAAAAAGCAGCCAUCGUACGAAUUUCUUUUUUUUUAUAAUUGAACGUAUCAUAGAUGCCAUAUUUUUUAAGUUAUUUAAGGCUAAGGUAUUCCACGGCGAAUGCCGUAUCCGUCCUGUCGGUGCUAUUUUUCGGGCUUAUAUUUUAAGUUGCUUGUUUCACUUGUAAUCCUAUAUGUAACAACGAAUUAGUUCCGAUAUGUGUUUCAUAAUUAUCCCAUUGUUAUAUUUUUUUAUUUCGUAUACUAAUGUACUAGUUUCUUUUUUAAUACAAUGGGGUUCUGGAACGAUAUCGGCGGUGUAAGUGAUCGUGUACGAAUUUUUUUUAACAAAUAUACUGACUUCAUAUAAUU